CCGGAAUAAAUUAGGCUGCAGCUCACAGGUGCUUUGACUUAAUGUGAUAAUAAUGGAGCACAGCUGCUCAGUCAUGUUGCAUCUUCUUAUCGCUGCACUUUUAUGUGCAGAAAACCUUAAAGAUGUCAUCUCUGGUCCUGUUCGUGAAGUUAGCAAAGUACUCCAAGAGGACUGGCUCAUCACAGCAUUGGAUUAUAUGGAGUCUUACCCAGAGACAUUACAAGAGCUGCUGUCCAAGAGCUAUGCAGUGUUGGAGGGCGACAUAAUGUUGUCGUCUGACAGGAAUGCUGCGGGAAAUACGUGGCCAACACAGAAGAUACCAUACCUUAUCAGCCCGGAGUUAGCCAGUCGGACAGAGGACAUCCUCUCUGCUAUCACCAUGAUUAUUGAGCACACAUGUCUGACCUUUCACAUAAGAACCACUGAGACUAACCACCUGCUCUUCAAGCUCGGCAAAGGAUGUGCUUCAUAUGUGGGCAUCAUUGGCGGUGGGCAGCCUGUGUUUGUCGCUCCUCAGUGUAUCAUUGGUAACAUCGUCCAUGAGAUACUUCACGCGUUGGGUUUCCACCAUGAACACACAAGGACAGACCGUGAACAGUACAUCACCAUUUUGCCUGAUAAUAUCAUGAAAGGUAUGCAGAGAAACUUCAAUAAGCAACAAGGAAACACUUUUAAUCUUCCUUAUGACAUCACUUCCAUCCUGCACUACGGAGGAGGGUUUUUUUCAGCAAAUGGUCUGGCUACCAUUGUUCCAGUAAAAUACGUGAAGAAUAUGGGACAGAGGGUUCAAAUGACAAAGCUGGACAUCCAGAAAGUUCGUCACCUCUACAAAUGUGAUACAACAGUUACACAGACUGGGAAGGAAAGUGGUGAAGUAGACGAAGCAGGCAGUGGGUCAAAUGCUGAGGAGGAGAUUCCCAACUUCAUGACCCACAAUAUGACUGUUUCUUUCAACAGCAACAGCAUAAGAAACCAGAAAAAUCGCACAGCCUCACUGCAGCACCUGGAUUCUGCCACUGGAAGGCGCAAUAAUACCAGCCAGACCACAGCGCCACUGCAGCCCCUGGACACUGCCACUGGAGGGCGCAAUGAUACAGUCAGACAAGUUUAAAAUGAGCUGUGAUUGAAUCUUUUAUUAAAACCAAAACAUACAAACCGG